AUGGAUGUGGAUAUGCUGGAGGAUAGCGUCAGUUCAAGCCCGACAGCGGAGAAUACCAACGACUCCAUACAUUCACAGAGAUACCGCAGAAGAACAAGGCGUAAGAUUUUCGAGAACCACAAUCGGGAAUUGCGGACCCAAGAUAUUGAGGCAGAGGAGGAAGAUUUAUGUCAGGCCGACCGUUUAGAUUGUCUACGGGCACGUCAUGAGCGGCAGAAACAGUACCCGCCGGCCUCGAUGCAAUUUGUAACGGCGGAGAGCCAAUUGCAACGAGAGCAUACAGAGUCGGAUGAUAUUGCAUUAGGAUUAACCAAUACUGAACUCAUUAUUUUGUGCAAUGAAGUCGAGCAGCAGACGGCAAACAUAGACACUAUUGAGCAAACUUCAGAAUCAAUCGUGCAAACGAUACUAGAUGAUUUCUGCUCUUCGCCUUCAGAUGUGCAAGAAGAUUUGACAAUAUCAUUCAUUUAUCCAUACUACCGUUUUCGCAAUAAAAAUACGUUAACGUACAGCCGGACAACUCGGAGACGACAGGACACGACACAAGAACGUGAAGACGAUCGACUCUCUUGUUCUUCGGAACUGUCCGUACAGGAAGAUUACACUUCAUAUGUGCCCACUGCAGCAGUUUUAAGCAACUGGGAUGCCAAUAGCUCACAGAGAAUUUGCGAGAAUUUGUUAAAUCUAAGUGCAUGUCUCUCAGAACAUGGUCCAAACCUCGAUAAAUCCGCCCAUGAUUCAACAUCUCCUUUUUACGAAACAGCACAAGGCUCAAUCUAUGGAACAUCUAGACAGGAUCUGCCACGGGGGUCUUCAGCAACGAAUGUGCAGGACAGAACACUGCAAGAUAUGAUUUCAAGUGGAUUACCAUUGGUCGGUGAUGAGAAAUGUAAAGGAGACAAAGAAAUAAAUAAGGCCUUCAAUAUGGGACAUGACGACAAAAGCCUAAUCAAACAGAAAGCGCCACCAAUUUCUCUCCCGCACUCGUCAAUUAAAACAAACGUAAUCGAUGAAGAUGUGUCUAAUGAGCUGAACCAAAAGGAGUGGUCCGAUGACGAUAGUUCCUUUUUCUUACAUUAUAAUACGCAAGAUCCAGCAACAAAGUCUAUUGAUAGUUGUAAUGGUAAAGAAAACCAAGACGUUAACGCACUGCACGUUAUAGAUUCAUUACAAUCAAGUCUAUCUUCAAUUGCAAAUCGAGUACCUGAUGUGAAGCUGCAAGCACUAACAGAAAUCUUUUGCAAAAAGGGUUCAGAAAAUGAAACAUCGAAGCAUCAUUCAAAGCCAGUCCAACACUCUAAAAUUCCUUUAAAUGAAACAAUAAUUUUAGACGAAUUCUCCCAUAAAAAUAAGGGAACGGACAUUAAUGAAAAUGGUGUUAAUAUAUUUGAUAUGACGCUUAGCGAAUGGCAGCUGCUACCAGAUCUUUCGGAAGAUACAAACGCAAUGUCAAAAGAAGUACCAAGCUACAUGAAAGAAUGUAAAGCUGAUGCCACGCCACAUUCCCCAAAUCAAUUAAAGGGUAUCCACCUAGUCAAUGAACACAAAAAUGGACUUGAGUAUAAGCGACAAGUCAAAGAUUUUCGCUCCACAUUUGAAAAAAUCAAUCUAGUGUCGGAAAAGACUGGAAAACAUGGGGACAUAAUUUCUGAUUGUCAGGAUAUGGGAGGAUCUCGCACAUCAUUCAGUAAAGCCGUUCCAGAAUCUGACAUAAUGAAAUACCAACAGACUGAUAUUCCUGAAACGAUGGGAUUUCGUACUACAUCGGAUAAAGCCAUCGUAGUAUCUGAUGAGGCGCUAAAACAUGGUGCGAAGAUUAUUUCAGACAUCAUAGAAUACCAACAAGUUGAUGUUCCUGAAACGAUAGGAUUUCGUACUGCAUCGGAUAAAGCCAUCGUAGUAUCUGACAAGGCACGAAAACAUGGUGAGAAAAUUAUUUCUGACGUCAUGGAAUGUCAACAAGUUGAUAUUCCUGAAACGAUGGGAUUUCGUACUGCUUCGGAUAAAGCCAUCGUAGUAUCUGAUGAGGCGCUAAAACAUGGAGCGAGGAUUAUUUCAGACAUCAUAGAAUAUCAACAAGUUGAUGUUCCUGAAACGAUGGGAUUUCGUACUGCAUCGGAUAAAGCCAUCGUAGUAUCUGACAAGGCACGAAAACAUGGUGAGAAAAUUAUUUCUGACGUCAUGGAAUGUCAACAAGUUGAUAUUCCUGAAACGAUGGGAUUUCGUACUGCUUCGGAUAAAGCCAUCGUAGUUUCUGAUGAUGCGCUAAAACAUGGAGCGAAGAUUAUUUCAGACAUUAUAGAAUGCCAAAAAUUUGAUGUUCCUGAAACGAUAGGAUUUCGUACUGCAUCGGAUAAAGCCAUCGUAGUAUCUGACAAGGCACGAAAACAUGCUGAGAAAAUUAUUUCUGACGUCAUGGAAUGCCAACAAGUUGAUGUUCUUGAAACGAUGGGAUUUCGUACUGCAGCUGAUAAACCCAUCGUAGUAUCUGACAAGGCACGAAAACAUGGUGAGCAAAUUAUUUCUGACAUCAUGGAAUGCCAACAAGGGGAUGUUUCUGAAACGAUGGGAAUUGGUUCUUUAUACAAUAAAGCCAUCUUAGUAUCUGAUAAAGCGCAAAUAAACGCGGAUAAAGUGAUCCUUGAAAUAAAAGAGACAGUGAGUGGCCUUAAUAAAAGCAAACUAGUUGAGAUUCCAAAAUUAGUGGAGUUACCUGCAAUAGAAAAGGAGAGAGAAACAGAUCAUGAUAGUAUGAAUUCUCAUAGCAAACUCAAAUUGUUAUAUAAGACACAAAAGGAAAACGAUGAUGUUUCAAAUAAUCAUUCUGAAUCAAACGUAGAACUUCAAAAUACAGUUAAUAGUAAUAUAAACCUGAAACGCAAACUACUUGAUUUCAACGACACACCCACAACUCCGCUGAAUGUCAAAAGGAUGAUGCAGAAAUCAACUUCACAAAAUAUCCUUGAGACGCCAAGAACUAUGCAACAGGAGCUGUCAGGACAAUUAGCUGAAUCGACGAAUAUGGACAACAACACACCGAAUUCUAUUAUCUCUCGAAGAAAUCUAUCACUCACGAUGCGUCGCAAAAAAAGAAGUAGCUCUACCGACGUUAGGAAACAAACGGAUACCGUGUUAACACCAGUUAGGGGUUGCACCGAAUUUUCUCCAGUCUUAACGUCGACCAGCACUCCAUUGCCAUCUAGAAAGGGAAAUGGGAGUAACGGUGAUGAAAAUCUUGUCGACACACCUAAACCGAAGCAGGGGUCAGAAUAUCUAGAGGUUCCUUCUGGCUCGUCGUCAUGCACAUCAGCACAUAAAACGCGCCGACUAGGUUUGAGAUUCCCGCGAAAAUACCCUAAUUAAGUUUUGAAUGAUUUAAUACUAGGGAAAAAUACCAACUGUGGGUUGUCCAUGGUAAAAUCACGU